GAGACGGAAAACAUGGCGCUGCCCGGCCCGUCCGCCAACCGCCAGGACCGCGACGUGCGCGCCUUGAUCCGCCUGGUCGCGGGGCUCCAGGACGAGGCGGACCCCAACUUCCAGCUCGCCCUGCACUUCGCCUGGAGCAACUUCAGAUUUCAUCGCUUCCUCGAUGUCAACAGCCACAAAAUAGAGAAGAUAAUUGAAGGAAUUUAUGAGAAAUUUAUGGUGCAUUCUGAUCUGAACAAAGCUGCGAGUUGGAAGAGAUUAACUGAAGAAUUUCUAAACGCCUCACUUCCAAGCAUUAAAGAAAUAAAGACAGAUGCCCACUAUUCCAUACUCGCCCUUCUUCUGUGUCUCUCUGACUCGCCCUCAAACAACAGUUACGUGGAAACUCCAAGAGAGAAAGAAGUGGAAAAGAAAGAUGAUUUUGACUGGGGAAAAUAUUUGUUGGAAGGUGAAGAAAUUGACCUUGGGCCAGAUGUCAGCACACCGAAUUGGUCAGAAGAGAGUGAGGAUGAAGACGAUCAACAGCCCUUGAGCAGAGAAGACUCUGGAAUCCAGGUGGACAGGACACCUUUAGAGGAACCAGAGCAAAGCAGAAAACUGGGGUCUUGGGUCAGCUGGAAAGACCAGGCAGAAGCCCGGAUCUGGCUGGAGCAGCAUGUGGUCCGUCAGUAUUGGACCCCCAGGGCCCCACGGUUCCCCCAUAGCUUACACCUUCACUCCAAUUUCGCAGCUGUCUGGGACCAGCACUUGUACAGCAGUGACCCGUUAUACGUCCCAAGCGACAGAGUUGUGGUCUCCGAGACGCAGGUUAUUCGGGAGACCCUGUGGUUACUAUCAGGGGUGAAAAAACUCUUCAUAUUUCAAUUGAUAGAUGGGAAAGUCACCGUGAGAAACAAUAUAAUAGUAACUCAUUUGACACAUACCUGCCUGUCGUCGGUGCUGGAAAAGAUCGCGGCCUAUGGCCAAGUGGUGUUUCAGCUGCAGGAGUUCAUUGAUGAAGUCAUGGGCCAUAGCUCCGAGAACACGGCCCCAGGAAAUGGGCCCGUGGCUAAGAAGUUGACUGAAGCCCCGUUCCGAACCUACCAGGCGUUCAUGUGGGCCCUGUACAAGUACUUCAUCACCUUCAAAGAGGAACUGGCGGAGAUUGAGAAGUGCAUCAUCGGGAAUGACACGACCAUGACUCUGGCGAUAGUGGUGGACAAGCUGGCCCCUCGCCUGGCUCAGCUCAAGGUGCUGCAGCGCGUGUUCAGCACUGGCGUGGCCGAAGUGCCCCCUGACACGCGGAAUGUCGUCCGGGCCUCACACCUGCUCAACACGCUGUACAAGGCCAUUCUCGAGUAUGACACCGUCGGGGAAGCCUCGGAGCAAACCGUCUCCCUACUCUUCUCUCUCUGGGUGGAGACAGUGCGGCCCUACCUGCAGGUGGUGGACGAGUGGAUCGUGCACGGGCACCUGUGUGACGGCGCCCGGGAGUUCAUCAUCCAGAGGAACAAGAAUGUCCCAGUGAACCACAGAGACUUUUGGUAUGCGACAUAUACCCUGUACAGCGUGUCCGAGAAGACCGAGGCGGAAGAGCGGCUGAGCGACACCGCCAGCGCCAGCUCGGGCAGCGAGCCGGGGCCCUGCAGCCGCCAGCACACCAUGGUCUCCUUCCUCAAACCCGUGCUCAAGCAGAUCAUCAUGGCCGGCAAGUCCAUGCAGCUGCUGAGGAACCUCCAGUGCUUCGGGGGUGCCGCGUGUGCGGCCACAGCCCCAGAUGCCGAGAGGAAGAGUCUGUACACCCUCUUCCUGGAGUCGGUACAGUCACGCCUUCGUCGUGGAGACGAGCCCCCCGCUCCGGUGCUCGCCCAGCAACAGACCACCCAAGCCGACCUCAUGCAGCUACAGCCCAGCGCACUGAGGCACCUGGAGCUGGAGCAUGUCCACGACCCGCUGCUGGCUCUCAACUUUGCCAGGCUGUACCUGGAGCAGAGUGACUUCCACGAGCAGUUUGCUGGCGGCCAGGUCUGCGUGGACCGCUCGGCGGAGUCGGUGACCUGCCAGACUUUCGAGCUGACCCUGCGGUCCUGCCUCUACCCGCACAUCCACAAGCAGUACUUGGAUUGCUGCGGCAGCCUCAUGCGCACCCUGAAGAAGGAUUACAGGCUGAUUGAAUACUUGCAGGCCAUGAGGAACUUUUUCUUGAUGGAAGGCGGCGACACCAUGUAUGACUUCUACACGUCCAUCUUUGACAAGAUCAGAGAGAAGGAAACCUGGCAGAACGCGUCUUUCCUCAACGUCCAGCUGCAGGAAGCCGUGGGACAGCGCUACCCGGAGGACAGUUCACGUCUCUCGAUAGCUUUUGAAAACGUUGACACAGCCAAGAAGAAGCUCCCUGUGCAUAUCUUAGAUGGUUUGACCCUGAGUUACAAGGUUCCAUGGCCUGUGGACAUUGUUAUAAGUUUGGAAUGUCAAAAGAUUUAUAAUCAAGUCUUCCUUCUCUUACUACAAAUCAAGUGGGCAAAAUACAGUCUGGAUGUUUUACUGUUUGGUGAAAAAGCUGGUGCUGCUGAAAGACCGAGUGCCAGAGAAGGGCCGACGAGUCAGCAAGACACGGCUGCCCCAUUGGGGCCGCAGAAGGAGCCCGUGAGGCAGCGGGUCCACCGGCUGUUCCUCUUACGAGUAAAGCUCAUGCACUUCGUGAACAGUCUCCACAACUACAUCAUGACCAGGAUCCUCCAUAGCACCGGGCUGGAGUUCCAGCAUCAGGUCGAGGAGGCCAAGGAUUUAGACCAGCUGAUUAAAAUCCACUACCGGUACUUGUCCACCAUUCACGACCGCUGUCUGCUGAGAGAGAAGGUCAGCUUUGUGCAAGAGGCCAUCAUGAAGGUGCUCAACCUGGCACUCAUAUUCGCUGAAGGCUGGCAGGCCGGCCUGGGCACCUGGCAGAUGGAGUCGAUAGAGAAAAUGGAGUCUGACUUUAAAAACUGCCACAUGUUUCUUGUGACCAUCUUGAAUAAAGCCGUCUGCAGAGGGUCCUUUCCCCACUUGGAAUCUCUAGCUGUGUCGCUCAUGGCUGGCAUGGAACAGAGUUGAAGCACUCUAUGCUCCUUACGUGUCCGUGUGGUCACAGGCAGGUGAGGCUGGACUCUCUUUCCCGGGUUCAUUCAAGAGCAUGUCUGUGCUGGCCCCAGGCUGGGUCCAGCGGGUGGAGAGAGUCUGCGACCAGCAAACGAGAAAAUCCAAACCCACCCCGUGUCUGCGCUCAGCACUGUGGGUUUAUGCUUCCUCAGUCUGGAGUCUUGGAGCUUUGUACAGGAAACUGUGUAGAACUGUAUCAAUAACAGAAAUGUAUAUAAGCUAUUUAUGCAUACAGACUAUGGCACCAGUGCCUCAAAUGUGAAUGAUAUAGUUUUGUAAAUGUACUGGCAGAAUUAAAAAUCAAUGAGAGCA